AUGGCAGAGGCGGGUCCGGGGCUGCGAGCUCUGGAGAAAGGGGCGGCGGCCGCACGUGCGGAUCGGCCGCGCCCCACUGAGCAGAGAGCCCCCUUCUGCCGCCGACAGCCCGCGUCCGCACGGAGCCGGUCUCGGCUGGGCGCUGCCUUCACACGCGCCCAGGAGUGUCACGUGCGCCGCUCACCCCCGGGAAGGAAGCCCCUCGCCCACCCACUCCGCUCUACUCCACUCUUUCUGCAGACGUUAUUUUUGGCGGUAGGGCAGAGGUUGCGGCCCGAGGUCCGGGCGCAGGGACAACGGUCGCCAGCUCCUGCGCUAGUUCCGUUACUCUUCGGUGGCACACGGUCUUGGGCUGCGCGAGGCUCUUCCCGCCGUGGCCGCCGGGGAUUGGCUGCCGGCAAGCCCCGCCCCGUGCCCCCGGGCUCUGAGGGGGCGGAGCGCGGAGGGAGAAGGCGCGAAGGCUGGGCGUCGCGAUCGCAGGUGCACGCGCGUGGCCCGCGAGACGAGGAGAUCCUGUUGGAAAGCAACUGCAGCAUGUCCUGGAACAUUAGUCACCCCCAACUCUCUGAUAAACUGUUUGGGAAGAAUGGAGUGUUGGAGGAGCAGAAAUCUCCAGGAUUCAAGAAAAGAGAGACAGAGGUGUAUGUUGGCAAUCUUCCACUGGAUAUUUCUAAGGAGGAAAUUCUGUACCUUCUAAAGGACUUCAACCCUCUUGAUGUCCACAAAAUCCAGAAUGGCUGCAAAUGCUUUGCAUUUGUAGAUCUGGGCUCCAUGCAGAAAGUGACACUUGCAAUCCGGGAGCUGAAUGGUAAACUCUUCCACAAGCGAAAACUGUUCGUGAAUACAAGCAAAAGGCCCCCCAAGAGGACCCCUGAUAUGAUCCAGCAGCCUCGGGCCCCGCUGGUGUUGGAGAAGGCUUCUGGUGAAGGAUUUGGCAAAACCGCCGCUAUUAUACAGCUCGCUCCUAAAGCUCCUGUUGACCUGUGUGAGACAGAGAAACUGAGGGCAGCCUUCUUUGCAGUCCCCUUGGAAAUGAGAGGGUCCUUCCUGGUGCUGCUCCUGAGGGAAUGCUUCCGAGACCUGAGCUGGCUGGCACUCAUCCAUAGCGUCCGUGGGGAGGCGGGGCUGCUGGUGACGAGUAUUGUCCCGAAGACCCCGUUUUUCUGGGCCAUGCACAUCACUGAGGCUCUGCAUCAGAACAUGCAGGCUCUGUUUAGCACCCUGGCUCAGGCGGAGGAGCAGCAGCCCUACCUGGAGGGCUCCACCGUUACGCGCGGGACUCGCUGUCUGGCAGAGUACCACCUGGGGAAUUAUGGACACGCCUGGAACAGGUGUUGGGUGCUGGACAGGGUGGACACCUGGGCUGUGGUCAUGUUCAUUGAUUUUGGACAGUUGGCCACCAUCCCUGUGCAGUCUCUGCGCAGCCUGGACAGCGACGACUUCUGGACCAUCCCACCCCUGACUCAGCCAUUCAUGCUGGAGAAAGACAUUUUGAGUUCGUAUGAAGUUGUCCAUCGAAUCCUCAAAGGGAAAAUCACUGGUGCUUUGAACUCGGCGGUAACUGCUCCUGCAUCUAACUUGGCUGUUGUCCCUCCACUCCUGCCCUUGGGGUGUCUGCAGCAGGCUGCUGCCUAGGCCUGGACACAGUAUUUACCUGGCAUUCUUUUAGAUCAAACAAACUGGUUAUCUGAGGGGUUGGGUGAACUGGCUGGGGUGGGCCUUCCUUCCCACCAAGGCUUUGUCUUUCUCUUCCAGUCGCACAUCCUAAAGUUUGAAGAGUCUAAAUAACGGGGCUUCCCUCAGCAUGUUCCCUCUCCUGUUUGCCACGGAUCCAGAGGCCACCUGCCCUGUCUUCUCGUACCCCUUUCACUCUUGAGGCCUGGGAGGUGAAAAAGGCCAGACUGUGCCCAGGAUUGAUUCAAUUUUGCUUUUACUCCCAGCUUCCCUCUCAAAAGAGAGUGAAGUCUCAUUUGUCAUGUGUCUUCAGUUCCCCAACUUGGCAUGAACAUUUGAACCAAACAUAGGAAACUACCAUUAGGUUGAAAGCCUGAGGCAGCCGGGAUGGUCUUUCUUGUGUCUCUUCUUUGAACCCCAGAGCAUGAUAUAAGUGGUCCUAACAGAUUCUGGAUAAUGGAGAAGCCCUCUGCUGGUUUUCCUGGCAUUCCAUGUAGAAUAGGUAGAGAAUAUUUAACCAAUGAGCAAAUAAAUGUUGGCAUGUUUCAUGA